AUGUGUAAGGGCGAUAGCUCACGCUUCGAUCUGCUGAGCGCGAAGCUCCGUGCUUGUGAUGCGACUAUUGUUGCCUGUUCGAAACAGCAGGCGGGUCGUUCCGCUGCUCUGGAUCUAUGCGCUGAAGACUUGGCGUGUGCCUACUGUAUGGUUGCGGAGACAUCAGCUGAGGCUUGCAGUCGUCUACGAGGUCCCCUACUCUCAUCACAUUUGCGCAAGGAGCACAGAGGAAGUGAAACGCUCAAAGAGAUGGACGAUAGGAAUAAGGAGUGGAACAAAUGCAGAAGACCGCCAACGCCAUACAAGUAA